AUGACAAACAAGCGGUGUGAAGUCCUCCUGGGUAGUGGAAACUACUUCCACUGGGAGUAUAACAUGCGCAUGACGUUGGCGCGCAAGGGGCUGCUGGUGCACGUUCAAUUCAUCAAGAAAGAAGAAGAGAUGACGGAUGCCUGGCUGUUCAACGACGCUAAGGCACUGGGUAUCAUCGCUCAAGGCAUAGAGCUACAGCACCAGACCAAGAUACGAUCGGCGACGACAGCUAUGCACGCGUGGGUCAUCUUGCGGGACUUCUACAACCGCACCACGCUCCACAAUCGUGUCGAGAUGACACGUCGUCUGCAUGAGUUCAAGAUGGAGAAUGGUUCGACCAUGUCGAAGCACUUGGAUGCUUUUGACGAGCUUGUUGUCGGCCUCCAGACACUUGGAGAGCCAGUCGAUGACUCUCGGCAGCUAGUGGUGCUGCUUAGUAGUCUUCCGACGGACUAUGAGCUCAUCUCCUCAAUUGUGGAGAAUUCCAAGGACAUUACGCUCAUCGAGGUCAAGGAAAAUCUGCUCAAGGAGCAUGAAAGAUUGCAGAGGAAGGAGACUACGGAGAAGGCGUUUCCUGUAAGAAGCAACGGUAGACGGUUCAAGGGAGGCCAAGGUAACGGCCGCAAGGGAAACUAUCUACGGAAAACCAACACCGGAAUUAAAGGCAAGUGCUUUAAGUGUGGUCAAGUCGGAAACUAUAAGCGGGACUGCCUGAAGCGUAGCAAUGGCGAGGAAGAAGGUGCUGUGUUUGCUGCUGGUGAGUUGCAAUGCGAAGAAUGGCUUAUCGACAGCGGGGCUACGUCGCACAUGACACCACAUCGGAGCGAUCUAUUUGAGUACAAGGAGUUGAAGACUGGUCAACAAGUCUCUAUCGCUGAUGGCAAGAAGCUGCAGGUAGCUGGAGUGGGAACAGUCAAGCUGAAAGGUCUAGACGGUUGA